AUGGCCACCAGUAAUCCGGCGUUCGAGAACGAUGAGCCAGUGUUGGUGACGACCCGAACACCCCUGGAGUCGUGCCAGGAGCUUGCCAACGGCAAGAACGAACUGCCAAAGGAAGUAGGCUCGGGUAUCGAGCCCACCGACCUAAAUACUACGGCGGACCCAACGAACUCUGCCAAGGUGAACCACCUGCACUCCUCAGACGACUCCGUUGCCUCCACUCCCUCCACGCUGCUCGAGAUGAACCUCGUCAAGAACAUGCCCAACAAAGGGCAGCGCGAUAAGUGGGGCAAAGAUAUCGAGUUCCUGCUGUCAUGCAUCGCACUCUCCGUGGGUCUGGGCAACGUUUGGCGGUUUCCGUUUACGGCCCUCGAAAACGGUGGCGGUGCGUUCGUUAUCCCGUACCUGAUCGUGCUGCUGCUCGUCGGUCGGCCUAUCUACUACCUGGAAAUGCUGAUCAGCCAGUUCUCGAGCCGGGGCUGCAUCAACGUGUACGACGCGUCACCGGCCAUGCGAGGCAUCGGUGUCGGGCAGACCUACUCGACGUUCAUCGUGAUGACGUACUAUGCGUCGCUGAUGGCCGUCACCAUGCGCUACCUGAUCGCGUCCUUUGGCGAUCCGCUGCCGUGGAGCGAGUGCAGCGAUGCGUGGAACGCUACCUGCAUCGAUUCCCGGCUCAUCACCAACAUGGAGGAGAACUCCACGCGGGCGGUCACCUCUGCCGAGUUGUACUUUGUCAAAGAUGUCUUAAAAGAGGCAGACAGCAUACAUGAUGGAAUUGGCAUCCCCGAUUGGCGUUUGGUCCUGUGCCUGCUCGUUCCAUGGACCUGCAUAUGCUUAACGUUGAUAAAAGGAAUUAAAAGCUCCGGCAAGGUGGCGUACUUCCUCGCCAUAUUCCCGUACGUCGUCAUGCUGGUACUGCUGAUCCGCGCCUGUACGCUUGAGGGCGCCGGUGACGGCAUGCUGUACUUCAUCAAGCCCCAAUGGGACCGCAUCCUGGAGGCGAAGGUGUGGUAUGCGGCCGUAACGCAAGUGUUUUUCUCCCUUACAAUCUGCUUCGGAAAUGUGAUGAUGUACUCGUCGUACAACCGUUUCACCAACAAUGUUUACCGGGACGUGACGAUCGUGUCGAUCAUGGACACCCUGACGUCGAUGCUUGCCGGAUUGAUCGUGUUCGGUGUCAUCGGACACCUGGCCCACGUCCUGGAAGCUCCCGAUAUCCAACAGGUGGUCCGUGGCGGUGCCGGGCUGGCCUUCAUCACCUACCCGGACGCGAUCGCCAAGUUUACCUUCUGGCCGCAGUUCUUUGCGGUCGCCUUCUUCCUGAUGCUGUUCGUGCUCGGUAUCGGCAGCAACGUCGGCAUGGCCACAACCAUCAUGACCGUGAUCCGGGACCGCUUUCCACACCUUCCGCCGGCCCUGGUCGCGUUCGGCAUCGCGAUCGUCGGCUUCUCAAUCGGCAUCAUCUACACCACACCGGGUGGUCAGUACUUGCUCGAUUUUCUGGACUUCUAUGGCGCGUCCUUCGUGGCGCUUGUGCUGGCCGUGUUCGAAAUGAUGACGUUUGCCUGGAUCUACGGUGUAAGUCGCAUUUGCCGGGACGUUGAGUUCAUGCUCGGCAUCAAGACGGGGCUCUACUGGCGCCUCUGCUGGGGAUUUAUCACACCGACCCUGUUGGCGGCCAUCCUAAUAUAUCACAUCGCUACGUACGAAUCGUUCACCUUCAACGGCUACGUCUAUCCCGAUGGAAUGUAUGCCUUUGGUUGGUGCAUCUUCGCCGCGGGCGUCUUACAGCUUCCUGCCUGGGCCGUCUACACCUUCCUCAAGCGCAAGGAGCCGGACUGGCGCGAUCGCCUUGUUCACUGCUUCAAGCCAACGCACGACUGGGGCCCCGAAGACCCGGAGCUGAACGCCAAGUACCACGAAUCGGUGUACAAGGCCGAACAGGCACUGCCACGCAACAGAUCGAUUGCGAGACGAAUUUUCGACAAUGUGUUCAGCUGA